AUGGGUAUGCAAAAAGGAAACAAAGGACGAAGCUCCCCCUCGCGAUCAUCUCCGAUCAGCUCGGUCGGGUCUGGCUCCGAGUGCGAUUCAUUCGCCCGCGGCCAAGUGAUGUUUGUCUCGACGCCCCGCAGCCGCAAGUUUUCCUCGCGCUCCGGAACGCCGAACGGGAAAGUCCAGUUCCGGAACCGAGUGAACUCAGCCUCCGAUUCUGACGGCUCGGCCGAGCGUUUCGCCGGCGCGCGCUUCAACUCACCCCCGAGUCCCGCCGCCGUUCCCCUUCCACCGAUGGAGUGGCUCCAGUCCGUCCAACCCAAACCAACCAAACCUGCUUCUAACGAUGAGCUCUGCCAAGCGCUGGCCAACAAUCUGAAAGAGAUGCUUAACUUCAAGGCGUAA